GAAGAGAAGCACGCGCGUCACUAUCUCUACAUCUUCGGUGCAAUUCGGUUUAAAUCAUGGCAAGUAAGCGUAAAAAAAAAGAUUUAAAGUCUCUUAUGCCAGAGAAGAAAGCUAAAGAAAAUAAAAGCGAGUUCAAUGGGACUGUUUUUAAAUCAAUGUUAAAGGAUCCCAGUAAAGCUUUCAAGGCCUUGGAAACCUUUAUUGGAACAGCAAAGCAACUUCCAUGUGCCAACCUGUAUGAUGUAGUAGAGGGUUACAUCAAAAUCUCAGCAGAAUGUGCAGAAAUAUUGGCCUUAUUAGAGGGGGAUACCCAUUCUGAGACUGAGUUCAUGCUGAUAUUUCAGAGUUUAGAGUUAAUUUUGCUACGGACAGCAAGCGACCUUUCUUGUUUUAACCUUUUGGGCUCCCACAUUGUAAAGAAGAUUGUCUCAUCACACAUGAAGUUGCUGCAGUCUUCUUUGUGUUCAGGAAAUCAUCAGUUUGUGCGACGAUGUCUUUGUUUGAUGACAGCAAUGGUGUCUCAGGGUACUGAGUCAGCAAAUGAAAUGUUCAACAGUUUGGUCUUCAACAAAUCCCUUAGCAAUCUUGCUCACAAGAGAGACAGAACUGGCCGACCAGAUAUUCGCAUGUCUUAUAUUCAGUUUGCACUCUCUUUUCUGAUGUAUGGAGAUACUGCAACUAUAAUACAUGCAUUAGACACCAAAGAUUUUCUGUCAGAAAUCUUAAACACAGAGCUAAAAGAAGACAGAAUAUCAACAAUCAGUCUGAUACUAUCUACCUUUCAGACUAAGAUUGUGCAAAAUACUGCUGUGAGCAAAACUCAGAAGAUCCGUUUCUUCACUGCUUCUACUUUGACUCGGAUUGCUUCACUGUACAGAUGGAAUGGGACUGUGAAUAUUACUGAUCAUAGUGUGACUAUGAAUGAACAGGAAAAAGGAAGGCUUGUUGUACGGGAAUCUGUUCACAGCUUCCUUCUUGAUCUCUGCUGCUCUCGCAAACAUGGCAUAAGCUUCCAUGACACAAGUCUGGGGACAAUUGGAAGAGCUGGGAAUAUUGUCCUGCUACAGUUUGUGGUGAGCCUUAAGCAGGCAGUCGAGGAUGAAAAAGUGGCUGAGCUGCUUAUCAGCAUUUUGAAGUCCAACCCUGACAUUCUGCACCGAUAUUUUAUGGAAACCCAAAUCUGCUUUACUCCACGCAUGAAAGGAGCCUGGCUGGACAGCAUUACACUGCUCAAGAAAAUCUAUCAGUCCCAGCCUGAGGUGUCUCAGGCAUUCCAGCUGCAGGAGGUGGUUCCUGUCCCCCAUUUACUCAGCAUGGUCUUAGUUACUACCCUCCCUCCAGUCUGUAACAAGGCCUUUUUUACUCAGGGCCUGAAUUUAAACAGUGUGCUGGGGCAGCAUGUGACACUUAGUGUGAUAGCUUUGAUUCUAAGAAGAGCUCAGAAGAAUAUUGUGUUCAGCCUGGAGAGACCAAUGUUGGACAGUUUUGAUGCAUGCAAUCAAGGAUGCGAAAGAAAUGCCAAAGAUGAGUUUGUCCAGCUUUACAGGGGAGCGCUAAGUAAGGUUUUACCAGACAUCAUGUCCAUUGUUUCCAAAUGGCAGUCACUGUCAAAAUAUGAAAAAAAAGAGGAUGAAUUACAGAUUGGUUUGUCAAAAUUAAGUGCAGAGGAGGAGGUAACAGCUCAUGAACAUGGUGACCAAAAUCAAAGGUUGAUUUUGUUUAAGGCUCUGCUACUGCAGGUGAUAUGCUUAUAUCAGAAGGUUGUUCCACACCUUGUUACAGAAAGCAAGUUUGACUUCAGCAAACUGUUUAAAGGCAUUGUUUCAGAGAAAGGAAUGAAUGAUGAUGUUCCUCCCAUCCUGCAGUACCAAAUACUGCAGCUGGCACUGGAGCUGCCUGCUAGCAAGUUUUCUUGGUUCCGUUUUCAGGAUGUAGUGGCUCCAGAGUUUGAAGGCCGGGAUUCGUCUGUAUUAUAUAUGUUGCUAAAGAUGUUUGUCAACUGUAGCAACACUCAACUGAGGAGUGCAACUAAGAUGCUCAUAAUAAAGGUCUUGAGAGAAAGUGGUGCAUUUGAGCACAACUGGAAAGAAUUGGAACUUUGGCUCAAUCAACUGGUCCUUUUGCAGCCUUCUCAACAAGAGACAGUCAUCCACUUUUUAGACUUGGUUCUGAUGAGGGUGGUGCUUAACCCUUACAAAUACACGGAUACAGUUGCAGCUAUGGUGCAGGAGGCUGUGUGUCUUCAGGCUAAAAUUAGAGGAGCGGACUGGGACACUAGGUUUGCUCCAAUAUCCUGUAUUGAUGAUGUGCCUGGUGUAGAUGAUGUCAUAAUAGAGGCCAGUGGAAAGGAUCCUGACAAUACUGGGCUGUCACUUACUGAUGACAUUAUUCUCCAGACAUUUCCUUUCAGUGCUGCUGUGCCUGCUGUCCUAGAGGCUCGGAACAAGCAACAUGCAGCCUUUAUAGAUGGAAAAAGUGUGCUCUGUGAGUACAUAUGUGCAGUUCUGUGUGAUAUCCUUCACUCACAGAGGGAUCCACUAGCUCUGUGUUUGACUCUGCAAAGCUACGAUAAAGAGCUUCUCUCUUCUGAAAACCUUUCCACACAUACCUUAAUUUCUGACUUCCACAUGUAUUAUUAUAAAUGGCUCAAUCAACUGCAUCAGGAAACACUGUUCAGCCCAGUGCAGUCCACUACUUCUGUGCCUGCUUCGGAUUUUUCUGCCUACAUGAAGGCAUGCUACUGUGCAGGACCUAGCACAUUCCUCAAGGACUCAUUCUGGAAAGGCCUAGAGAAAUCUUUGUCUACCUUAAAGUUAUCAGAGUUUAUAGGGGCUGUCAGUCAAACACUGAUCUAUCUCAAGUCUUUUGUGGAGACAUUCUGCUCGCUCUCUAGAGACCAUGCAUCCAAUGUAGUGGGCUGUAUGCUGGAAGUUAUGCAUGCUCUGAUUUUCAAACUAUACAACAUUGCUGAAACCCCAGCCAUCCAGUCAGACACCCAAGAGGAGGAAGACUUUUUUCUGGAUAUGAACUUUACAGACAUUCAGGAAGUCAGUAAGGAGCAGGUUUUACUUAUUGUGUCCAAGUUGGUGUUCAAGCACCCAGUUUUGCAGCAGUAUUUCCUGGCAUUUGAGUUGGGAGUGAUGCCGUCACACUCCCUGGACUCAGAGAGAAUGAGGCAGAUCUCUCGUCAACUUACAAAGGGUGUGCUAAAACUGCUGAAGUCCUGUGUUGAGACACUUAAAACCCUCAAUGGCAUGGAUGUCAUAAACCCUUACUUGUCAGCCAUACAAGGAGCCUUGCUUAGUGAGCUAAAACAGAUCAACAGGUGUUUGGUAGAAGAAUCGCAGACAGUUGAAGCAUUCCUGGCAUUGCAUGAAUACAUUGAACCGUCCAGUGUGAGUGAGGUGUUGACAGCUCUCUUGCUGCUGCCCCAGAGCAGUUUGUUGGCUGGUGGUGACAAGAUGAGUUUGUAUGGCAAUACACUACUGAAAAUCCUCACCAAAAGCAUUUCUCAUACCUGCGAUGGAAGCACCACCCACAGUUUAUCUCAGGUGCAUUUGCGCAGUCUGGCUGCCCUUCACAGCUCCUGCUACACCACUGAACUGGAAGAAAUUUUUUUACAGGUGCUGCACAGAGAUCCUGGCUGUGCUAAAAUGAUUCCCACUGAUGUUCUUCUUCAUUGCCUCCAGUUCAGUUGUUCUUUAGAACUUGCUGCUCUACUGGUGCAGCACUGCUCCACGCACUGUCUAACCUUUGAGCUCUGGUGCCUCGAACAGAGUGAUCUUGCGCACAUCACAGCGCAGAACAGUGGAUUUCUCCCCCUGCUGAGCAGCUACUUUCAACAAGUCACCACCGAAGACCCCUGCAGACCUAAAGAAGUUCAAAAGGCAGUAAUACAGGUGCUGACCAAAUCUUUGCUGGAUGAGCUGUCAUGCUCAGUGCUGCAGGAACAUGCUGAUGUGCCUUUAGAACUGGGUGUGGAACUGCUCUCCAGCCUCAUCCCAUUGGGAGCUAUGGAUAUUGAGGUCACUAAACUUAUGCAAGGUUUGCCUGUCCUCCUUGAAAAACCGGAAACCAGUGACCAAAGGUGGCAGUUGGCUGACAUAAUCACUAAGAAGUUGACUUGUACUCCAGAGCACAUGCAGUGGAGGAAAUCUUUGCUCACUUCUUCCCUUCGCUGGUUGUCAGCAACAUAUAAGGAGCACACGAAGCCACUUAUUAAAACAGAGGAGACCAUGUUACACAGACUGAAGUCACUACUGAUCUCUUCAGAGGAUGUAAUGGAUUUGGACUGGAACACUUUUGUUAAGUCAGGUUUAAAAUAUCGUUACAAAGACAAAAUGUUUCUCUCCACACUGAACUCUUUGUUGGAGCCAAUGUAUGGAAGUGUGUUAAGUUCUAAAGAAUUGUUACCCAUAUCUACCAUUCACAUGAUGGUCACUAGUCACUCUCUUUUCAUGCCUACAAUGUUGGCUCCUCUGGAUGACACAGAAUUUUUUCCUUAUUCUAAGGAGGCACUAGUAACCCUCCUGCUCACUCUUGUGAGAAAAUGUCCGGAAGUCUGCAAAAGCAAUCAUUUUCAUGUUCUACUUGGUGCGUAUGGAGCAACAUUGAGCAAUACAGAUCAGAAAAUGUUGUUGCUGCUUAAAGAAUAUGAGAAGAACAACAUGAGUUUAAUGGAAUUUCAGUACUUGCUAUGGGGUCAUGCAGCAGUGGAGUACCACAAAGCACGGAAGAGCCUGGGUCCAUCACUUUGGCAGCAGCUUAACUCUGAGUCGCUUUUGGACCAACUUAUUGAAGACAGGAUGUUAAAUACUAUUACACACUUUCCACUAAAUAAGUGUCUUGUCCCACAGGAGAAUGAAGAUUUGGAUUCUACAGACGAGAAAGAAGGCUCACCAGAUCCGAUGUGUCUUUACGAUCCUGCUUUCCUUAUACCCUUGUUCAGCUACAUUGUCCGCCCAGAGGCUUUGUUAGAUUGUCGAACGUUUGUAUGCAGACAUGCUCUGGGCCUUACAGUAGUGGCCCUAAGCAGCUAUGAUCACAAAAUGAGAGCUGCAGCGUACCAUGUCCUGGGUUCCUUUUACCAGCAUUUGGAAUCAGGUCAUUUCAAAGAGAAAAAACAGCUAAUUUAUUUAUUGGAUACAAUCAGGAAUGCGAUUCAAAAGCAGAAUCUCAGAGUUUCUUUCAUGCAUGCUGUCUACAUUGCAAAGGUGGCACAGCAGAUUUUAAGACCAGAGGAGCACAUGUACCUGGUGAUCAGUAAGUUUCUUUUGGGAAGCCAGUAUGUAGAUCUCAAAAGGGUUCCAGACUUCUUCAGACUUUUCUACAGCUUUGAUUUAGAACAUAAACUGGAGAGGGAUUGGCUCUUAAAGGUGCUGGAAAUGGGUAUGAGAGAUGGGCUCUGCUAUGAGCUGUGUGAACAACAGAGCAUCUUCCAUACACUUCUGGGAUUCAGUAGCAGCCCACUCUGUGACCAGUCUGUCCAGAUUCAGAUUGUGAAUGUACUUUGCAAGACUGCUCAACUUCCCAAAGCAUCUCAUGACUUCAGCAAGACUCAUGGAAUUUUAACAUGGAUAUUACAAUUGACAAAAAGGGAAAAUGUUGACAGAAGGAUGCCUACAAUUUUAAUAGGACUGCUCUAUAAUCUAUGGUUCUCUCUCCUUGGCAAGACAAGUAGGGUGCAAUGGAGCAAUAGUGCAGAUAUGCAACUAAAGAGUUUGGGCAAAUGUCUUCCAUUUUCACUUGUCAAUGACUUCCUAUGUGCUCUGCUGUCAGUCAUUAGAUACCUCAGAACUGAAGUGGAACCAUCUGACAUGGAAAGCUUUCUGCAAAUUCUUCAUUCAGUGUUGAAGCAUCAUGGCACUGCACUGAAUAGUAACAAGGAUACAAACUGGCUGCAUCCCCAGACACUGUCCUGUACAGCUGCGGUCAACCUGCUUUACUGCUGGGGAAAACUGGCCUCUGAUACCAAACUACUUUGUUGCCUUCAUGACCUAUUCAAAUUGCAGAACAUCAAAAUACUGCAUGGAGCAUGGCAGGAGAAAGUGCAAGGAACAGAUAAUUGCAAGGAUUGUCAUACAGAGAAAUAUAUGCAGUCUUUGAUUAAAUGCAAACCCUUACUGCUGAGUGUUCUCACACACUGGGACCCAUGGUCUGAUAAAAACUCUAACCCCGCAACAGUGUUGCCACCCAACAGUUUUUGCCUUCAUUCUGAUAAAACAGCAAGUCUCAUGACUGCAACUGCCCACACGCUCAUCAAAUGGACCCUCUGGACUUUAUCUGAGAUGCCUUUUGAUGAAUAUCUCACCUUUGCAACCUUGAAAUGGAUGGAAAAAGUUAUAGUGCCCCAUGAAGCCAUUGCAAGGUCUUUAAUAUCUGAUGAAGCUAUGAGAAUUGACCUCUUAAAACUGUACCAGCAAACAUGUGAACAAAGUGCUUACAAACUGACACUCCAGGUUUUCACCACAGUUAUGGUGCACUUGUUAGAUGUUGGAGAAAAACUUCACAAAAAUAUAAUAAGAGUAUGCUCGUACCCAACUGAUGAUCAGGUUAAAAAAGAAAUAGGUCUGAAGCUGUUGUCCUUGUAUAUUCCUGAGAUCUGGUGUGGAGCAAAAGUGCCUCAGCUACUUCUAAUGCAUGCCCAGCUGAUAACCAGAAGGAGAAAGAAUUCCCAGAAGUCAUCUAGAACACACAUCAUGCAAAUUUGUGAAGACAUUCUGUCUGCUGUGGACUAAUCCAUUAUUUUGAAAUCACAAUGCUUUUCAUAAAGAACCAUGUAGAAUAUUACAAAUAUAUCUAAUUAGAAUGUAAUAUUGCUGCAAUCCAUUACUAGCAUAACCACAUCAGUCAUUUGAAAAUUAGGUCAUUUGAACAGAGAGGAAAUGAAGAUAACCAUACGUCAUAUGUCAUAACAUGACAAUCAUGACAUGUUAUUGCAAUGUUUAUUGUUGGUAGGUUUGAAUAUUUGUAAUUUAGUUUGGGGUCUAGCCACACUUACAUGCAUUGGACAAAAAUCUAAAUACAUGUUGUAUAACUUGCAAUGGGAUAAGCAAAUUUGGGAUACAAUUUAGAAUUACAAUUUGUAAUCAAUUUGAUUGUUUUCUGUAUGCUAACCUGGGCUAUAUUUUAUUUCAGUAUAUAGAGGCUUGAGUGGAUUUUUUUCAUGAGUUUGUUUCACCUUGUAUAUUAUAGAAGAAUCCUUAAAAAUCCAUGCUUUGUAACUUUAUUUUAUUUUUCUUUAUUAAAAUUUCAGACAAAUUUUAAACAAGAUGUUUACCUUGAUGUUGCACAAUAUCUCUUGGACAUUACAUACAAGAUGUCUACUCA